CCUCCGCCGCCAUCAUCGCUGGAGAUCCUGGAGCAGGUGGUGUGCACAAGCGAGACGAGCAGCCGCUGCAGCGAGGACAGUCGGGCGGGACUGCGCACUGGGACCGUCGUACGGGGGCGCGGUGACCGGCCCGUCCCUCACGUGGGCUCUCGAGCCGUCUCCGACGCUCCGCACCGACGCGCGUUCCGUCGCCCCACGCGGCGGCGCCGCCUGUUUGCGUUUGCAGAUCUCUAGGGCAGCCCACCUUUGUCGCCAGCAUGGCCUCUGAAGAUAUUGCCAAACUGGCAGAGACCCUGGCCAAAACCCAGGUGGCCGGGGGACAGCUGAGUUUCAAGGGCAAGAGUCUCAAACUGAAUACUGCUGAAGAUGCUAAAGAUGUGAUUAAGGAGAUUGAAGACUUCGACGGCCUGGAGGCUCUACGACUGGAAGGUAACACAGUGGGUGUGGAAGCGGCCAAAGUCAUUGCCAAGGCCUUAGAGAAGAAGUCGGAGCUGAAGCGCUGCCACUGGAGUGACAUGUUCACCGGAAGGCUUCGGUCCGAGAUUCCACCAGCUCUGAUCUCACUAGGGGAGGGGCUCAUCACUGCAGGAGCGCAGCUGGUGGAACUCGACCUCAGUGACAACGCAUUUGGGCCUGAUGGAGUGCGAGGCUUCGAGGCCCUCCUCAAGAGCCCAGCCUGCUUCACCCUGCACGAGCUCAAGCUGAACAACUGUGGCAUGGGCAUUGGAGGUGGCAAGAUCCUGGCAGCAGCUCUAACAGAGUGUCACCGCAAGUCCAGUGCCCAAGGCAAGCCCCUGGCCCUGAAAGUCUUCGUGGCUGGCAGAAACCGCCUGGAGAACGAUGGAGCCACUGCUUUGGCAGAAGCUUUUGGGAUCAUCGGGACUCUGGAAGAAGUUCACAUGCCACAGAAUGGAAUUAACCACCCUGGGGUCACAGCCCUGGCCCAGGCCUUCUCCAUCAACCCCCUGCUGCGAGUCAUCAACUUGAAUGACAACACCUUCACUGAAAAGGGUGCAGUGGCCAUGGCUGAGACCCUGAAGACCUUGCGGCAAGUGGAGGUGAUCAAUUUCGGGGACUGUCUCGUGCGCUCGAAGGGGGCCGUUGCCAUUGCAGAUGCUGUCCGUGGGGGCCUGCCCAAGCUGAAGGAACUGAACCUGUCGUUUUGUGAAAUCAAGAGAGAUGCUGCCCUGGUUGUUGCUGAGGCUGUGGCUGAUAAGGCUGAGCUAGAAAAGCUGGACCUCAAUGGCAAUGCGCUGGGAGAGGAGGGCUGUGAGCAACUUCAGGAAGUGCUGGACAGCUUCAAUAUGGCCAAGGUGCUGGCAUCCCUCAGUGAUGAUGAGGGAGAGGAUGAGGAGGAGGAAGAUGAGGAGGGAGAAGAGGAUGAUGAUGAGGAGGAGGAGGAGGAGGAUGAAGAUGAGGACGAAGAGGAGGAGGAUGAAGACGAAGAGCCGCAGCAGCGAGGGCAAGGAGAGGAGUCAGCUACACCCUCACGGAAGAUUACAGACCCUAACAGUGGGGAGCCAGCUACCGUGCUGUCCUCCCCGCCUCCCACAGACCUCUCCACCUUCCUGUCAUUCCCCUCCCCAGAGAAGCUCCUGCGCCUUGGUCCCAAGGUCUCCGUGCUGAUAGUCCAGCAGACUGAUACCUCCGACCCUGAGAAGGUUGUCUCAGCCUUCUUGAAGGUAGCAUCUGUGUACAGGGACGAAGCCUCAGUGAAGACAGCAGUGCUGGAUGCCGUCGAUGCCCUCAUGAAGAAGGCCUUCAGCUCCUCAUCUUUCAAUUCCAACACCUUCCUCACCAGACUACUCAUCCACAUGGGUCUGCUCAAGAGUGAAGACAAGAUCAAGGCCAUCCCGAGUCUGUAUGGCCCCCUGAUGGUGCUGAACCACAUGGUGCAGCAGGAUUACUUCCCCAAAACCCUUGUACCCCUGCUGUUGGCAUUUGUGACAAAGCCCAAUGGCGCACUGGAAAUCUGCUCUUUUGCUCGCCACAAUCUGCUGCAGACACUGUACAAGAUCUAAGCUUAAAACCAGCUUCUUCUCGGCCCUUACCCUGAACCAGUGAAUAAGGGGACUUGGAUGGAUUGAGCUCAGCCAACGUCUCCAUUGGAUAGGACUUUGACCAGAGGCAGGGGAGGGUCUUUGUCUCCUGUGUCAUGUUGGUUCCUUGAGUACGUGUGUCAGUGUGGUGUGUGUAGGUAUGUACUUCCGGUCUGGACUUCAGAUGUUCAUCUUCCCUGCUGGACUAACCCAGGUCCACUGUGGGGGACACCCAGGGGACAGGGCUGAAAGCCGCUCUUAUUAAACUUCCGCCCACUUAGCCGUAGGCCCUGUUGGCUGUCCUGCUACCCUGCCUUUCUGUCCCACCAAAGCCUGGGAAGUUACUGUGCCCUGCUGUCUCCACCGUGUCUAAGGAACUGUCAGAGGUGGAGCUGUCAUCAGAGUGUAAAACUCUGGUCUCAGCCAAGUGGUCGAAAGGAGGCAGGGGCCAACCCCAAAUAGCCCAGGAGUAGGAAUUGCCUGGGGUGCCCUGGCUCUUAUACCCAGAGGAAGCACCUUGGCUGGCCCAGACCUGUUCUUCAUCCUGGGAAGGGAAGGGCAGGUCCCCCUAAUGCCUGAGCUACACAUCGGGCUGCUCUUUGAGGGUUUUCUGAGGCAGGAGAGAACCUGUGUAGUGGGGACUGAGCUGGGUAGGAGCUGCCCUGUGACUUCCCUUGGUGGCUAUGUGGCCACCUCCUGCUUUCCUUUGUAUUGUGUGUCUAGGCUGUGCCUGGGAGCUUCAUAAAUAAAAGUCACUGUGGUAGCUACA